CAAGCAACAUUCUCUUAGAUGCUGAUAUGGUUGCUCAUGUUGGUGACUUCGGGUUAGCAAGGUUCGAUUCACAGUCCCGUACAAAUAACAGCAGUACAAUUACAGUUAAAGGAAUCGUUGGAUAUUCUGCCCCAGAGUAUGGUCUUGGAAUGGCGGCAUCGAAGGAGGGUGAUAUAUACAGUUUUGGGAUCGUAUUGAUAGAGUUGAUGACUGCUAAAAGUCCGAUUGAUACAAUGUUUGAAGGGGAUUUAGACCUCCAUAAGUAUGCACAAUUGGGAUUGUUGUCAGAUGAAUUGAUGAAUAUCAUUGAUCCAAGGCUACUAAAUAAUUGCGGUAGUCCAAGAAAUGACAUUAAGAUCAUUGAGUGCAUUGGGUCUGUGAUGGAAAUGGGGGUGAAAUGUUCAGCGGAAUCUCCACAAAAUCGAAUGAGAAUCGAAGAUGCAAUCUCAGAGUUGAAGAAAACAAGGGAUAUUUGGCUAAAAGAACUAAGAAUCAUGGAUCGAUAUGCAUAAUUAUUCUUUGGUACAAUCUAUUUAUCAUUUAGAUUAUUGCAUACUUUAUGUUUUAAUUCUUUUUUUUGUUUUUCUAAUUUUCCAAUGAUUUUGAAGGAAUUUGGAUGCAUAACAAGAGAUAUUUAUGAGAUGUUGGCGAGAUGAAAAACAAAGAAUAUUUAUUAUUAGACCUGAACAAUAAGUUUAAAUUUCUUUGUUGUAGAAAAUUCCAAUACAAUUUGUCUACUUAUUACUCCCUCCUAUUCAGCUUAUGUGUCUCAUUUCCUUUUAUGAUCAAGUCAUCUUAAUUGUCCCAUUUCUAUUUUUGGUAUGGGUUUUUGACUUUUAUGCCCUUAGUAACUUUAUCUUAUUUUCAAUUAUACCCUCCAUUACCCAUCUUAAUUUUCCUUCCUUACAUUAAAAAACUCAUAAUACCACUCUCUUUUCAACCCUUAGGAACUCACUUUUGACUCUCCCUAAAAUCCGUGAAAAGUCAAAUGGGACUCCUAAGAUGAAUAGGAGGGAGUAUCUUUUAAAAAUACACUAUUAUUGUUGUAUUUUUGUAUUUGUUGAUAGCAAUGUUUGAUCCUAGGAAUUAGUCUAAUUUGGUAGUUGCUGCUAUUAUUGUUGUAAUAUUAGGAGUUGUUGAUUUUAUAACAAAAUGCCAAACAAAUUGGUAUGUACUUUUGCCCGUUAAGUUUGAGCAAUGUCAAGAAAUCGUUAAGAGAAUAUACACAUGAAAUAUGAUGAACUACUUGAUUAACCUUCUCAAAACCACAAUAUUAAAGUUUUAAUUUUAUAAUAUUUUAUUCGGCUACAUGAACCAAUCUAUCAAUAACAAUGACUAUAUUUACU